CGCAAUUCGAUCCAUCCAUCAAAUCUGACAUAACCUACUGAUAGUUUGUUUUGGUUUUAACAUCAGCAGUUUAAUUAUUAUUUUGAUUUAAGUGUUUUUUUUUAUUAAUUAAGUAACCAUGGGGAAGCGCCAGCACCAGAAGGAUAAAAUGUACAUUACAUACACUGAAUGGACUACAUUAUAUGGUGGAAAGAAACCAGGACAUCAAUCAACAACUGAAGAAGAGAAUUUCAAACGUUUACCCUUUGACCAUUGCUGUCUCUCUUUGCAACCAUUUGAGCACCCAUACUGUGAUGAAUCUGGAAACAUCUUUGACCUACAACCUCUUCUCCCAUUCAUCAAGAAGUACAAACUUAACCCAGUCACUGGGAAAAGCAUUGAUUUAAAGGCUUUAGUUAAGUUGACUUUCUUUAAAAAUGCUGAAGAUGAAAUCCAUUGUCCAGUGCUUUUCAAGAAUUUCACCAAGAAUUCUCACAUUGUCACAAUUGCAACAACAGGAAAUGUUUAUUCCUAUGAAGCUGUGGAGCAGUUGAACAUCAAGACAAGAAAUUGGAAGGAUUUGAUUUCAGACAAACCAUUUGAGAGGAAGCAUAUUAUAACCAUACAGGAUCCUCAAAAUUUGGGAAAAUUCAAUAUAUCAUCCUUUCAUCAUGUCAAAAAUAGUCUAAGAAUUGAAACUGAAGAGGAGAUUGCUGAGAGGAAUGAUUCAAAUGCAAGGCUGAAAUGCAUUAAUCCUGAAACUAAGUACACUUUGGAGGAAUUGAAAAGAGAUUACAAGGAGCCAAUAAAACAAAUUAAACCGAUUGAUGAAAAACCAGAUAAAUUCAAUGCAGCCCAUUAUUCCACGGGUGCAGUGGCUGCCAGUUUCACUUCAACUGCUAUGGUACCCGAGUGGAAACAUCAGGCCGCAAUUGUACAUGAAGAUCUAGUCAGAUACGAACGGGUCAAGAAAAAAGGAUACGUCAGGCUAUUAACGAACUUGGGACCGCUAAAUCUUGAAUUGUAUUGCGACACUAUUCCUAAAACAUGCGAAAAUUUUAUGAAGCAUUGUCAGAACGGUUACUACAAUGGUACUAAGUUCCACAGAUCAAUCAGGAAUUUCAUGAUUCAAGGUGGUGAUCCUACAAAUACUGGUAAAGGUGGAGAGUCUAUAUGGGGCGAAAAAUUUGAAGAUGAGAUCAAGGAAAAUUUGUCGCAUACAGGACGCGGUGUUCUUUCCAUGGCGAACUCUGGUAAAGACACGAACGGCUCGCAAUUUUUCAUAACGUACAGAUCUUGUAAGCAUUUGGAUAAGAAGCACACUAUCUUCGGUAAAGUGGUUGGUGGAAUCGAAACCAUGAACGAGAUGGAGAAGAUUGAAGUGGAUAAUAAGGAUAGACCUAUUGAGGACAUUGUUCUGAUUAGAGCUCAAGUUUUCGUUGACCCCUACGAGGAGGCGGAUGAAAUGCUUGCUAAGGAAAGGGCAGAAGAAAUAAACAAGCAGAGGGAGGAGGAGCAAAAGAAGAGACAGAAGAUGAACGCGCAGAAAACAUUGAAGGUAUUCAAAAGCGGCGUUGGGAAGUAUAUUAAUCCAAAAUCCAGCACUUCGACUGAAAACCCGGACGUUCCAGCUAAGAAAAGCAAAGGUGGCAAUUAUAAUUUUAACUUUGAUAGUUGGUGAAGCAAUAAAGACAAGCCAAU